AUGGCCUGCUACUACUCCAAAUUUCCAUUUGUGAGAAAAGUGAAAGACCUGAUAGCCAAAACAAUCACUACAGUGGCUCGAGGACUCCUAGCAGAGCAAAGAAUACCAGAGCAGAUCAUAUGUGACAAUGGAACCCUGUUCACAUCACAAGAAUUCAAAAAGCUAGCCGAUGAGUAUGGGUUCAAUAUUACUUCAUCUCCACACUACCCCAAAGGUCAUGGGUUUAUAGAAAGACAGGUGCAGGCAGUGAAGAGAACACUAGUCAAAUGCCGAGAGACAAAGGAAGACCCAAACAUGGCACUUCUUUCCCUACGAGCGACACAACUGAGAGCUGAUAUGAAAUCCCCAGCAGAAUUGCUGAAUGGCAGGAAGUAG